AGCAGAUCUAUCUUCAUCAUCAUCCAAUUGCUUCUGAUCGCAUUAACUCAUCUUAGUUCGAAUGACCCUCUUAUUUUCUAUCCUAAUGGAGUCAUAAUACACGGCGACUAGACCUUUUUGAUUGCCUUCUACGUGUAAACUAAUUAUUUAUCUCUUUAUUUCUUUCAAUACGCCCGUCACUUCACAAUCAAUUGCGAGCUUGUUAUUCUCCUUUCUAUUCGGGACCUUCUCUCUGUGGGGUUCCGUUAUCUCGGCCAACAAGCCGCGGUCCGGACGGCUCCAGGUCCGAUAAAGGACCCCAGUUCGAAGGUUGAGCUUGAGCUCGACGCAAUCGCCACCACCUCUGUCGGCGGCAAUUUGCGAGUCGCGAGCCAUCUUUUUUCAUAAAACAUAACCGGCAAUAUGGCGGACUCAGUAGAUCGCGUGUUUGUCCACGCUCUCAAUACCGUCAAAAAGAUACCCAAGACUGGCGCAUCGAGACCACCUCCGACCGAUCGACUCCGACUAUAUGGACUUUAUAAGCAGGCUAUGGAGGGUGAUGUCGACGGUGUAAUGGAACGUCCAACAGCCGCCUCCGGAAUGGCUUCCGACGACCUACAGCGCGAAAAGGACAAAUGGGACGCAUGGAAUCUGCAAAAAGGACUAAGCCGAACAGAAUCCAAGAGAAGGUAUAUCGAGGCGCUGAUAGAUACGAUGCAUCGAUAUGCGACCACGCCGGAUGCCGAAGAACUUGUGUCGGAACUCGAAUUUGUCUGGAAUCAGAUCAAGAACAACAGCCCAAGCUCAUCAUUAUCGUCGCCGCGAGCGAAUCGAUCGGCCGGUGCAUCCCAACCAUACGAAGACGCUGCGCAAGCAAGCGAUGCCGAAGGCCCUAUGAAAGAGAUCAGACCGAUGAGCGAGUACGACGAAGCGGAACUCCGGUCCCAGAAGCAAUUAGAACUCGAGGACGAUGAUAUCGAUGGAUCGCAAAAUCACGAUCGAGUUAGUGGCCGGUGGCAGCGAAAGGUCGAGCGUGCCCUGACAACCAUGUCUGCCGAGGUAGCUGCGUUACGAGAACAAAUUACAACAGGUCGAGAGUGGCGGGCAAAGAAGGAGCGCAGCUUACCAGCUUUGGUGAAGUGGUUUGCCUGGGUGGUUGUGAAGCAUUUGUUCGCCGACUUUGUCAUUCUGACUGUCGUGUUAUUAUGGCUAAGAAAGCGCAAGGACCGUCGCCUAGAAGAUCUGGUGAGGGCAGCUGUCAAACUUGUUAGGGAAUAUGUUCGAAAUGUGUUGCCUUCUCGAGGGUGAUGGUUUGGCAGUGUACGAUCCGUCGACAGCACUCCUCGAGGUCACCCAGCAUGGUAACGAUGAUCAGGCUUAUAUCACCAAGGCACAACACUGCCUCUCACCAUAUUGGAUGGUUGCCAUGGCUCUGUCGAGCUGUCAUGCUAAUUUGGCAUACGUUGUGCCACAGGGCAAAUAACUCAAGCUGGGGAAUGACUAAAGGCCCCCAUUAGACUUUCUGUCGGGCAACUAAACGAUUAUUGCUCUCGGUGUACCAUCAUAAAUAUUAGGCGCUUUAUGGAGUUUGGGGUUUAUCAUUGUAUUUGUAACAAGAGAAGCGUGGUUAUUUUGUAUUUUGGAGUAUGUAUCAGGUAGAUAUUGGCACACAUGGCACUUGUUGUAGAAAUUCCCAAGCCAUUUAUCGAGAUGAGUUCUGACUUUGUUUCAUGACGACUGAA